AUGAGCACUCUUUACCACCCUCUGAGCGAAGCGGAUGACGAGAUCCGACUUCUCACACUCUUGCCAAAGUCACGCAGUACUGGCAUUCCCGAAUGCGUUUUGGAAACAUAUUCCCUCAAAGCUUUCACCCCUCAAUACCGGGACUUUGUUUCUGCUUCUAUAGGUGCUAAUGCAAGUACCAGGAGGACCACAUCUCAGUGGAUACGAAGUCGAAUAGACCCUGAACUUGCCGGCUUGGUACCUCUACAACGCUUACACUCAAAACAACCACCACCAAGCCAGUAUCGUUUCAUGUGGGGUGACUAUGCUGCGCUGUCUUAUGUUUGGGGAAAAGAGAAAGAUACAUCUAUCAUUGUGUUGAACAGGAAGCAGAGGCGAGUGACUACUAAUCUCGCCAAGGCCCUCUCAGCAUUCAUUCAGGAUGGAGAAUUUGAGAAUGACUUCAAGCUUUGGGUCGACGCUGUGUGUAUCAACCAAGACGACUUAGAUGAGCGUGCACGGCAACUACGCAAGAUGCGCCAGAUCUAUGGCUCUGCAUGGGCCGUGGUUGCAUGGUUGGGUGAACCGAGCUUUCAAAGCGACUCAGCUAUUCAGCUUAUUCAUGACUUUUCUACUCUCAGCAAAACCAACUGUGGCAGCCAAAUCGAAGCUCGCUUAUAUAGUGAGCCGCAAUUUCUUGGGAAGGGUUGCUGGUUAGCACUACAUGAUUUGAUGGAGCGUCCCUACUGGGCUCGUUUAUGGAUCAUACAAGAGAUGGUCAUGGGUGCCUCGGCAACGUGGAUUCGGUGUGGGAGUUCCUCCAUUGAUUGGACAUCCUUCUGUUCUGGUAUAGCCUUUCUCGAGGAGAAUCUGUGGCUCGUGAAAGACGAGAUACUUUCAAUAGAGCGCUACGCAGCAACAUCCAAGACUGGUCCAGCUUGGUCGAUCAUGGGAAUUCACCUAGUCUAUCAAGACCUUUCUAUCUUGAGUGAACGCGAGGAAAAAGGCGGACAGUAUCCCAACUUUGCAAGACUACUUGACAUUGCCAUUGAUACAGAGUGUAAGGAUCCGAGGGAUAAAGUCUAUGGACUUGUCGGGUUGAUGUCUCCUGUUGUAGCUGGUAGCCUACAGCCGGACUACACUCUUCCCGUACGUCAAGUCUAUGCCGCCACAGCGAGAACUUUCAUCGAGGCUGACGAUAAUCUGGAGCCUAUCCGUGAUGGUAACCCCUGGGGUCCAUCCAAAGGUCCAUCGUGGGCUGCGGACUGGUUAUGGAAGGGCCGGGUUAGAUCGUCAAGAACUGAGAAUCAGCUUUGGGGUCCUACGCGCUUCUUUCCAAGGCUAGGGCCUGACGAUUCGUUCCAUACUCCAUACAAGGCUAGUGGAGAAACUAAACACGAUGCUUCGUUCUCUAAUGACGGAUCCGCACUUGAAUGUAGUGGGUUUAUUGUUGAUACUAUUUCUGGGCUCUCGGCUAGAGGAAGGGGGUAUUUCAACUUGGUUAAAACCUCUGUUGUGCAACCUCAGCGAUGGGAAAGCGCCUAUGGUGACAGGAGAGCGACUGCUGAGGCUUUGUAUCGUACACUCGUGAUGGAUAGAGUAGCUGGGGGAGCGAAAUCUUCUGCCCGUCAUGCUGCCAUACUCCAUUUGCCCCGCAAGCUUGACCGCGGCAAACAAGAAUUUUCAAAGAGGGGAUGGAGUUGGUUGGCUGGGCAAGACGGGUACUACUUUCGUUGGGAGAUGUUUCACAAGUUGAACGCUGACUUUCAACUUGGCGAUGAUCGACUGCAAGACUUUUUCUCCGACGAAAUCCCAGACGACGCAUCCGAAUUUGACUAUAGCGAAGUCUACUCAUGCUUUGACAGAACGUCACAAAGACGAAGGUUUAUGACUACUGCCAAUGGCUAUAUGGGCUGGGCUCCAGAUAACAUCUACGGAAAGAAGAGUGAGCAGACUAGACCAGGCGACGUAAUUGCUGUGCUGUAUGGUUGCAGUACUCCCAUUGUUAUCCGUCCCCGUGGCUGUCAGUACCAUGUUAUUGGCGAAGCAUACGUUCAGGGGUUGAUGGAUGGGGAAGCAAUGGAAUUGGUAAAUUCUGGGAAAUUGGAACGAGCAAGAUUGGAGUUUUGCUAG